UAUGAACCGGAAAGUGUACAUAAUGGUCAUGGCCAACAGCAUGUAGCCGAAGUGUUGCAUUUACUCGCAACAAGUUUCGUGUUUUAAUUGAGAUAUUUUAGCUUUUUCGUGCGAGUUCAUAUUUUAUAAGCUGCCAAGAAAAGCGACUAUUCACCGGAGAUGGGAGUCCCGGCGUUCUUCCGUUGGCUUAGCCGAAAAUAUCCGUCAAUCAUUGUGCAUUGUGUGGAGGAGAAGGGGAAAGAAUGUAAUGGAGUCCGUAUUCCUGUUGACACAACCAAACCAAACCCCAAUGAGGUGGAGUUCGACAAUUUGUACUUGGACAUGAACGGCAUCAUUCACCCUUGUACACAUCCAGAAGACAAACCUGCCCCCAAAAAUGAAGAUGAGAUGAUGGUCGCCAUUUUCGAGUACAUUGACCGCCUGUUCAAUAUUGUGCGACCGAGGAGAGUUCUUUACAUGGCCAUCGAUGGAGUGGCUCCGCGGGCCAAGAUGAACCAGCAGCGCUCUCGGCGGUUUCGUGCCUCUAAAGAAGGAGUGGAGUUGGUGGAGGAGAAGAAUCGCAUCAGGGAAGAGAUCAUUCAGCGAGGAGGUUAUCUUCCACCCGAGGAGAUUAAAGAGAGGUUUGACAGCAACUGUAUCACUCCAGGAACAGAGUUUAUGGACAACCUGGCAAGGUGUCUUCGAUACUACGUCGCAGACAGACUCAGCAAUGAUCCAGGAUGGAGGAACGUCACGGUCUUCCUGUCUGAUGCCAGUGUUCCUGGUGAGGGUGAACACAAGAUCAUGGACUUCAUCAGGAGACAGAGAGCUCAGCCCAACCAUGAUCCCAACACACACCACUGCCUGUGUGGAGCUGAUGCUGACCUGAUCAUGCUGGGCCUGGCCACCCAUGAGCCCAACUUCACCAUCAUCAGAGAGGAGUUUAAGCCCAACAAACCCCGCCCCUGUGCGCUCUGCGGACAGAUGGGCCAUGAAAUCAAAGAUUGUCAGGGGACAGCCAGAGAGAAACAGGGAGAGCAUGAUGAGUUUGCGGACUCGAUGCCGGUGUCUGAACAGGAGUUCAUAUUUAUCAGGCUCUGUGUGCUGCGGGAGUACCUGACCAGAGAGCUGACCAUGGCCAGCCUGCCGUUCCCCUUCAACUUUGAGAGGAGCGUCGACGACUGGGUCUUCAUGUGUUUCUUUGUUGGAAACGAUUUCCUGCCUCACCUUCCGUCCUUAGAAAUCAGAGAGGGAGCGAUAGAUCGGCUGGUCAACAUCUACAAAGACGUUGUGCACAAAACUGGAGGCUACCUGACGGAGAACGGCUACGUCAACCUGGAGCGAGUUGAGAUGAUCAUGCAGGCGGUGGGUGUGGCCGAGGACAACAUCUUCAAGAAACGCAAAGAGGACGACGAAAAUUUUAAGAGAAGAAUGAAAGACAAACGAAAGAGGAUGAAGAUGGAGCAGCGGGGCCCCGCCUACCUGACCACAGGCCAAUUUGCCCCUCAGGCUCUGGGCAGAAGAGACCGACCCGAACCCGUCCAGAACGCCCGGCACCAGGCCUACGACAUGAGGAUGCAGAUCAGUGAGCAGCACAACAAGAAUGCUGCGCAGUCCCUGAAGGCCACCAUGAGGAACGGUGGCAAUUCGUCUGCAGGGCCCAGCGACGGCACAGACAGCAGGGGAUUGAAGAGGAAAGCCGAGGACAGCGACAGCGAGCCAGAGCCUGAGGACAACGUCAGGUUGUGGGAGGAGGGCUGGAAGCAGAGGUACUACAAGACCAAGUUUGACGUGGACGUGACGGACGAGGAUUUCAGGCGGAAGGUGGUUCGGUCGUACGUGGAGGGCCUCUGCUGGGUGUUGCGCUACUAUUACCAGGGCUGCGCCUCCUGGAAAUGGUAUUUCCCGUUCCACUACGCCCCGUUCGCCUCCGACUUCAAAGACAUCAAAGAGAUGUUCACGGAGUUCGAGAAGGAGACCAAACCGUUUAAGCCGCUGGAGCAGCUGAUGGGAGUGUUUCCUGCUGCCAGCGGCAACUUCCUGCCCGAGACAUGGCGAAGCCUGAUGAUCAGUCCGGAUUCUUCCAUCAUCGACUUCUACCCAGACGACUUUGCCAUCGAUCUCAAUGGGAAGAAAUACGCCUGGCAGGGUGUGGCCCUGUUGCCUUUUGUGGAUGAACGUCGGCUGAGGGCGGCGCUGGCUGACGUCUACCCAGACCUCACACCUGAGGAAGUGAAAAGAAACAGCCUGGGAAGCGACUUGUUGUUUCUCGGGAAGUCUCACCCGCUCUUCGACUUCAUCCACGAACUUUACCGUGCAGAAUCUCACGAGGACACUGAGAUCCCUGCAGAGCUCUGCCAUGGAAUCCAAGGUACUUUAAAUCUUGAUGACGACCCUAUUCUACCAGAUAAGACGGUGACGUCGCCCAUCCCGAUGCUGCGUGAUAUUUCACAGAACAGUGCGAUCGGAGUGAAGUUCAAGGAUCCCCACUAUGCAGAUAACUUUGUGUUCAAGGCGGUUCUCCUUCCUGGGGCCAAGAUACCCACUAAGGUUCUGAAGCCGGAGGACUGGGAGAGGGGGAACAGGCAGCCGUGGAGACCCCAGCUGGGCUUCAACCCGAACAGGCAGCAGGCUCACCUGGACCAGUCCGCCUUCCGCUCUCUGGGUCACAAUCUUAACAGAAACCAACAGGGCAGAGGACAGUACAGCAAUACGCCGCCUCCAGGCAACUACCAACAAGGAAACUACCGUCCUCAGCACAGCAGCGGCCACCAGUCUUUCCAACAUUCCAGGCAGAACAGUUUGCUGGGAGCGCCUCCCCCCUUCCACCAGCCCCAAUUUCCAAGACAGCAGCAGCAGUACGGAGGCGGGGGUCACGGCUGGGACCGGGCCGUGCACUCGCAGCAGUCGGCGUACCAGCAGAACCUGAGCCGUGGGCGGGGGGGCUCCGGGCCCGGCGGCUACCAGCACCGCUACGAGCACCGCCGGGACGAGUGGCACGAGCGCAGGGACGAGCGCAGGGACGGCCGGGGACAGCAGCAUCAGGGCUUCAGCUCUGGCAGAGGUUACCCUCCUCCUCCUCCGUCCAGGAGAUACAACUGGAAUUAAACUCGGCUGUUGCAGGGGAGACCUUUCAUCUUUUUUCAUUUUAUUGUCUUCUUGUACAAUUGUGUUUUUUUUUUCCCUUUUUAUUCUACUUUAAAAAAAAAAAAACAACCUCAUUGUGUAACUUGUGAUUUUUAAGAUGAGAAACUUGUAAAACCUGUAAAAUACAAGUUGAGUCCUGGA